UGUCUGGCUCUGUUCACGGGCGCUUUAUGCCAUGACCUGGACCAUCGCGGGAAAAACAACAAAUUCAUGUGCGACACUGAGUCCCCGCUGGCCUCCAUCUAUUCCACCUCCACAAUGGAGCAUCAUCAUUUCAAUCAGACUGUGACCAUCCUGCAGCAGGAGGGCCACAACAUCUUCAACAAACUGUCCAGCUCCGACUACAAGCAGGUCCUGGGCCUUCUGAAGCACUGCAUUCUAGCCACCGACUUAGCGGUGUUCUUCCCCAACAAGGCGCGCUUGACGAAAAUCGUGGAAGAAGGGGCGUUUUCCUGGAGCAACACUGAGCACCGCCUGCUGCUGCAGGCCAUCUCGAUGACGGGCAGCGACCUGAGCGCCAGCGCCAAGCCCUGGGACAUCCAGGUGGAGACGGUGCGCGUCAUCUUCGAGGAGUUCUACCAGCAAGGGGACGCUGAGAGGAAGGCUGGAAGACACCCCAUUCCCAUGAUGGACAGGGCGCAGCCGGAUGAACAGCCCUCCAGCCAAGUGGGGUUCUUGACCGGCAUUUGCCUGCCGUGCUACAAUCUGCUGAACGCGCUCAUCCCCGACUGCAAGCCCCUGCUGGACAUGUGCCAGAGCAACUUGGACCACUGGCGGCAGAUCGAUGAGGAUAUCAAGGAGCGGCGGGAGCAGCCGUAGGCUGCCUUGUUAGGCUGUUAGGCCUCAGUAGGCAAUUAAACC